CAUCGCUACCCCUCACCUGAUAAGACAACUAUUACUAUAUCACGCAAAAUGGCAGAGGGUAAAUUAAGAGCAGCAAUUCUGAUUGUAUCGGAUACUGCAGCACAGGAUCCGUCAUCUGAUAAGGCUGGGGCUGCAUUGACUGCUACGUUUACUGCGGAAGGGUCUAGCAACUGGGAGACGCCAGUCACCAAGAUCGUCCCUGAUAACGUCUUAGAUAUCCAACUAGCGAUCAGAAAUUGGUCAGAUGGAGAAGAAGUGUUCAACCUCAUAAUAACAACUGGUGGAACAGGCUUUGCUGUCAAGGAUAAUACUCCCGAGGCAGUGUCGCCUCUUAUUCACCGUCAUGCCCCUGGACUUGUGCAUGGAAUGCUGGCAGCUUCACUACAGGUGACUCCAUUUGCAAUGAUGGCUAGGCCUGUAGCGGGAAUACGGAACAAGACCCUGAUUCUCACUCUGCCAGGGUCACCUAAAGGCGCAAAAGAGAACCUGGAAGCAGUGAUCAAGCUAUUGCCUCACGCAUGCAUACAGGCGGCUGGUGCCAAUUCAAGAUCCAUCCACGCUGGGGGCGUUAAGAAACUAGAAGCGCAAGCUGGUGUAUCUUCCUCCAGUGGUGGAGAGUCCUCAGGCCACCAUCACCACCAUGGCCACCAUGACCAUGCUCACUCUCAUUCUCAUGGUCAUACUAUUCCCAAAGCACAUACGUUACCUUCAGAGAGACCACAGUCUAAUGAUCCCAAUGCUGGACCUACGCGGAGAUAUCGGAACUCGCCCUACCCAAUGCUCUCUGUGGAUGAAGCGCUCAAGGUGAUAAGCGAGAAGACACCCGAGCCAACAAUUGUUGAAGUUCCGGUGACAGCUGAUCUUGUAGGAUCAGUGAUUGCUGAAGACGUCUAUGCGGGAGAGGCAGUACCUGCCUAUCGAGCUAGUAUCGUGGAUGGCUACGCUCUCAUUGCACCCGAGUCACCAUCUGCUGGACCAAGCAGCAAAGGUGUCUUCCCUGUGGCUUCUGUAUCUCACGCCCAGGCUGGUUCUAUGCCCCCAGCGCUGGAGCCUGGAAGUAUCGCAAGGAUCACUACAGGAGCACCUCUCCCUCCAAACGCGAAUGCAGUGGUCAUGGUGGAAGACACUGUUCUAGCAUCAUCCACUCCUGAUGGCACGGAAGAAGCAACUGUUGAAAUACUAACAGCGGAUAUCAAGCCUGGUGAAAAUAUACGCGAACCAGGAAGUGAUGUUUCUCUGGGGUCCAAGAUUCUUCAAAAGGGAGACCUCAUCACAGCUGUGGGAGGCGAGGUUGGUCUGUUGGCGUCGACAGGAACCAAGACAGUGAAAGUCUACAAGAAGCCUCGUGUAGGUGUCCUGAGCACCGGCGAUGAACUAGUCGAGUACAAUGACCCGAAGAAGCUGGAGGGAGGUCAGAUUCGAGACUCGAACCGUCCAUCCCUGAUAUCCGCUUUGAAGGCCUGGGGCUUUGAGACUGUUGAUCUUGGAAUCGCUCGUGAUACUCCAGUGGGCCAAAUCGAACAAUCGUUGCGUGGAGCAUUGCGCGGAGUCGGACCAGGUGCUAACAAACCUGUGGACGUGAUCGUUACUACAGGAGGUGUAUCAAUGGGUGAACUGGACCUGCUCAAGCCUACAAUUGAGCGUUCCCUUGGCGGCACAAUCCACUUUGGCCGCGUCUCAAUGAAGCCCGGCAAGCCUACAACCUUCGCGACAGUCCCAUACAAACCAGCCAUGUCAUCAUCAGGCGCAUCCGCACAGCAAGAAAGAGAGACGAAGCUUAUUUUCGCCCUCCCGGGGAAUCCUGCUUCUGCCUUAGUGACGUUAAACCUGUUUGUGCUUCCAUCAUUGCACAAGCUGAGCGGCAUGGGCCAGACAUCUCUUGCAGCCACAGUUCCCAAACCACACACGGCUUUGGGUCUCCCCUUGGUCUCGGCUACAUUGACUCAUGCUAUUCCCCUGGACCCCAAACGUACAGAAUACCACCGUGCUGUUGUUGUCGCUUCGCGAUCCGACGGACGCCUCUACGCAACUAGUACAGGACUUGGCGGCCCUGGUGCCGGGGUUGGUCAGCGAAGCUCAAGAGUGGGUAGUCUGGCUGGGGCGAAUGCACUGUUAGUCUUGAAUCCGGGUAAGGGGAGGAUUGAGAAGGAUCAGUUCGUAGAAGUGUUGAUGAUGGGCCCUGUCCUUGGUGGAGAAUAGAGCACGAGUUGAAAAUGGUCCUGUGAAUAAGUGAAUCUAAACCCACUCUGAGAGAAGAAAAGGCUAGUACUAGGUUUUAAUGUUCUAAUUCUACUACUAAGUAAACAG